AUGAUGGGCAAGACGGUUACGACUGAAUUUGCCUGCCUUGACCCGUCGCAGACGCUGAACCCGUGGAACCCGGCCCACACCCCCGGCGGCUCCAGCAGCGGGUCGGCGGUGUCGGUGGCCACGGGGAUGGCCCCAGUGGCGCUGGGGUCGCAGACCGUCGGCUCGGUGCUGCGCCCGGCGUCCUACAACGGCGUGGUGGCCUCAAGCCCACCUACGGCCGGGUCAGCCGUCACGGGAGUGGUGCCGGUGAGUUGGUCGCUGGAUACCAUGGGUUGGAUGUCGCGCUCGGUGGAGGACGCGGCGCUGAUGCUGCAGGUGAUGGCCGGGCCCGACGCCAACGACCCGGUGUGGGCCCGCUUCCCGCACCAGACUACCUGUCGGGGCUGGAGGACGGGGCGGCGCCGCGCAUCAGCCUGGUGA